GCACGUGACUUCCGGUGCUGCGGGUCCCACGCUGUUACAGCUACUGAGCGAUUGACGAGAUGGAGAACGGCAUGGAUGUGGAGGGAGAGUGGAGCGACGAAGACGCUGGCGGAGAUGGUUUCACGCUGGAGGAGGUGUUGCGCUUAGGUGGCACUAAGCAAGAUUAUGUAAUGCUUGCUGGCUUGCAAGACACAGGUGAAUUAUUGGACAGUGGCAAGAAAGGUGAAAUAGAUGAUCUAGAAGACGGUGAAUUGAAGGCGUUCAUAGAAAAGUUGGGCAUCCAAAAAAUAACCAAAGAAGUAUUAGAACAAGAUGAUGACCCUACUGAACAUGAAGAGAAGAAAAAGGAAACUAAAAUCUCUACUAAAGAGAAGGACGUGGCCAAUAAAGGGAACAUGUCAAAUGAAAUACAAAAUAGGAAAGACAAAGAGGGAAAGGAAAAAUCGAAUGUCUCAAAAAAGGAGCGCAACGUGAGAAGUGUGGCAUGUAAGAGCAAGGGGAAGCCUGUCUUUGAAUUCACAGGACGGUCAAUUCUGCUUUUGAAACCUGGGGGAAAGUGGUAUGACCAUGACUAUGCUAAAGAGUUUACAACGCAGUCACAGAAUGAAGAUGAUGUACAGAAGUACAAAGCUUUAGCCGAGAAACUAUAUGAACACGAGGUAAAUCUGUACAACACUAAGAAAGAGCUCAGUAAAGGGGCUAACACAGUGUGGAUGAAAACGGUUGUGUCCACGGGCACAUUAGCGGACAGAAUGGCUGCAAUGAUAGUUCUUAUCCAGGAUGCCCCCGUUCAUACUUUACAGUUUGUAGAAAACCUUGUAAGCUUGAUUAGGAAAAAAGGCAGCAAACGACAAAACAUCAUGGCAUUGGAUACCUUUAAAGAUUUGCUCCAGUCCGACCUUCUGCCGGACAAUCGCAAACUUCACACUUUUGUCCAGCAUCCCUUUGAUAAACUUGAAGAGAUCUCCAGUGGUAACAGAGAUGCCAGAGACCGCCGCCUCAUAUUGUGGUAUUUCGAAGAGCAGCUGAAAUCGCACGUGGCAGAAUUUGUCAAGGUGUUAGAGACCUUGACUCAUGACAGUUUGAUCGCAACCAAAGCAAAAUCUCUGAAUGUGAUUCAUGAAAUUCUCUGUAAUAAACCUGAAGAGGAGAAGACCCUUCUAGUCUUGUUGGUCAAUAAACUUGGGGACCCACAGUAUAGAGUGGCCACUAAAGCCUCCUAUUUACUCGAGAUGUUACUGAAUAAACAUCCAAACAUGAAAGUAGUGGUUUGUCUAGAAGUAGAACGACUCCUGUAUCGGCCUAACAUCGAGGAGAAGGCUCAGUACUAUGGCAUUUGCUUUUUGAAUCAGAUGAUGUUCUCCCACGAAGAAUCAGAUUUAGCAAAUCAACUCAUUACAGUUUAUUUUUGUUUUUUUCGGGCUUGCAUAAAGAAAAAAGAAAUUGACACCAAAAUUUUGAGGGCUUUAUUGACUGGGGUUAAUAGAGCAUAUCCCUAUGCCAACAUAGGAAGUGAAAAGGUGAAAGAGCAGCUAGAUACCCUGUUCAAAAUCCUGCACGUUGUAAACUUCAACACAGGGGUGCAGAUCCUAAUGCUUCUGUUCCAAGUCAUGGAUUCCCAACAGACUGUGUCUAAUAGGUACUUUGCCGCUUUGUAUAGAAAGCUUCUAGAUCCUGGAUUAUCACAGGGCUCCAAGCAGACAAUGUUCCUCAAUCUUCUCUUCAAAUCAAUGAAAGCUGAUGUUGUAUUGAGACGGGUGAAAGCUUUUGUGAAGAGGUUACUACAAGUCACAUGUGGCCAAAAGCCAUCAUUUAUCUGUGGAGCCUUAUACCUGGUAUCCGAGAUUUUUAGAUUAAAGCCAGGAUUAAAGGUUUUAUUGCAUGAAAAUGGGGAAAAUGAUGAAGAGGAACAUUUUUAUGACUUACCUGAUGAUGAUAAUAAUAGCGUCACUGACAAGGAUGAAGCCAAUACGAAUAUGAAUGCCUCAGAGAAUCUUACAUCUGGUUCAUGGGUACAUCAGCAAUCUCUUCAAGGUUUAAAAAGUUCAAGCCAAUAUGAUCCAAUGAAUCGAAAUCCUUCAUUCUGUGGAGCUGAUAACACAAGCAUUUGGGAACUUAAAAAGCUUUCUGAACACUUUCAUCCAUCUGUGGCAUUAUUUGCAAAAACCAUACUGGAGGGAAAUUCUGUGCAAUACAUGGGUGAUCCUUUGGAAGAUUUCACGCUGAUGCGGUUUUUGGACCGAUUUGUGUACCGUAAUCCAAAACAGCAGAAAAUAAGAGAAAACAGGGGAUAUUUAAUGCACCAAAAGAAAAGAUUGAACCAAGAAAGACAACCAGUGAACAGUGCUACCUUUUUGGGAAAAGAAGAGAGUGAAAUCCCUGUAGAUGAAAUUUUCUUCCACAGAUACUUCAAGAAGUUGUCUACAGAUAAAUGGAAGCCAAAGCGUAAUGAAGAUGAGGAGAGUUUAGAGGAUGUAGAUGAUGAUGAAUUUGAAAGAAUCCUUGACUCAUAUGAAGGAGACAGUUUUUACACUGGAAUGAACAAUGAUCUUGAUUUUGCUGGAAACGUAAGACCAAAUGAGAAGUCUAUGAAGAAAUCAAAAGUCAAUGAUUCUGAUUCUGAUUGGGAUGAUGACGAUGAUGAUGCUGCCGACGACGACGACAUUUCAUUGGCUAGCAUGGGUGAAGAAGACUUUAAAGAUGAUGAAACUGCAGGAAUUUUUAUGGACACUUCAGAAACAUCUGAUAACGAGCAAGAAGAAAUUAAAGGAAAGAAGAGACAAUUUAAAGAAGACGACAUGUUAGCUGCUGCUGAAGAGUUUGGCGAUAUGUUGGAUGACAACACUGGUUCUAAAUUUGAUAAUAUUGGAAUAAAUGCUGUGUCAAAUAAGGAAAAUGCAAGUAUCAAGCAACUCAAGUGGGAGGAACAAAGAAACAGCUGGGUUCACAACAAAGAUGCUGGAAGUAUCAUCAAGAAGAAGAAAAAAUUCAAACAAGCAACUAAUUAUAAAAAAAGGCUAAAAUUAAAAAAAUAAGUUUUGUGUUCCUGGUGUAUUUUGUAUAUUUCAAAUGCCUUCUUAAUUUUAUGUAUUAAAUCACAAUGGUCUUCUGUUAGAUCUAAAACAUUAAAUUACAAAUCUUAUGUUCA